CGAAAAACCAAUGUUGUGAUGUGAGACGUCAUUUCAGAUGAUUACGCUCGACAAUUUCAAGGAAUCGGAUUUUUAACUAGUCUAAUAUACUUUUAAUAAGUACUUGGUAAAGGUCGUAACUAGCAGAAACUACAACGUUCAAAGCCAAAUCGCUUGAUCGCCAGAAUGUACGCAGUGGAGAAGAAAUUCGAAAUCGAAAUGAAGUUGAAAAGGGAGAUGACCAACAUGCAAGAACUGAAAGCUUCUGCUAAGCGCAGUUCUGCCCUAGCUAGUGAUGUAUGCAAUGUGCUGGGGGCCUGUGAACAGCGUCUACAGCAGUUGGAGACUGCUGUUCUUCCUCUGUAUGGAGACACAGCACGCUUGCAGCAGAUACACCAUAAUAUGGAGCGUACAGUGACAGCUCUGGACCACGUAAUCAACUAUUAUAUGGUGUCAAGAGAGCUCUCGGACCUGAUACAAGCGGGGCCUCACACUGGCUCCUCCGAGUCACUGAAUAUGUAUUUAGAGGCACUCGACAAAUUAGCUGAAGCUCAGAACUAUUUCAACAAGAACAACCCUCAAAGUGUUGAAUUAGAAAAUAUUAACCAACUGUACAAUGCGGGAGUCUUGAAGCUUGAGAGCGCUUUUGAAGACCUACUCAGUCGCCACACCAGACCUCUGUCCCCCACCGCCCUUAUGGACAUGAUCGCUUUGGAGGAAGACUCCAGCGUGGACAGUGUGAGCGUGAGCGGCAGCAACUCCACGUGCAACUCGAGCCUGGAGGCCAUGCGCGCCGCGGCCGCGUGGCUCAGCGCGGCGGGACGCGCGCCCGCCACGCCGCUCGUGGCCAUCCGCGGGCCCGCCGCGCUCAGCUCGCUCACCGCUUUCAAGGACUACCUGCGCUCGCGCUCCAUGGCCGCCUCGCCGCUGAUGAGAACUAAAAACAUGUUGCAUCGUACGGACAGCACGCAAAGAAGAACGAGCAAAAUACAAAAAGUGUUCGAGAAGCGCGCCAUAAACAUAAUGAUGAAGGCGUCACACACUCUUGAGCAGUCCACGGGGUUGGCGAUAGGUCCCAGGCGUUCCAUCAACGAUUCAUACUCGGAGGAGUGCACGGACGCGGUGGACGAGCGCGAGGCGGAGGCGUGCGGCAGCCUGGCCGCCGCGCUGUGCCGCCUGGCGCGGCGCGAGCAGCGGCACGCGCUGGGCCUCGUGCCGCUGCCGCGCCUGCCCGCGCUGCUGGCCGCCAUCCUCAAGGACUGCUUCGCCCUGCUGGCGGCGGAGGUGGAGCGCGUGUGUGCGCAGGUGCGGCGCGCGGCGGCGCGGGGCGGCGCGGGCGCGGCGGCGGGCUGGGCGCUGGCGGCGCGCCUGCUGCGCCUGCAGCCCGACGUGCAGCGCGCGCUGCAGCCCGCCUCGCCCGCGCCCUACGCCGCGCUGCGAGCCGCCUGCCAGCACCACUGCGUGCGGUCGCUGGAGGAGUGGGUGGAAGGCGUGCGGAGUGACACGGCGGCGGGCGCGGUGGACGGCACGGUGCACCAGCUGGCUGCUGCCACUCUGGCCUACUGCCACGCAUUGGCCGCCCAUAUCCAGAUCAUCGGCCCCGCGCUGGCCAAUGAGGCGUCGUACGCCCGCGCCGCGUCGCAGAUCACGGGCGUGCAAGACAGGAACGCUCUUCUGUUGUCGCUCUACAUGCGCAAAGUGCUGGCCCAGCUGAAUCUGUCGUUGAGGAAUAAAAGUGAACAGUAUCCGGAUGCGUUAAAAGCGAUAUUCCUUCUCAACAAUACACUGUACUUGCUUCAGGGCCUUCAGCGAAGCGGCCUUCUGGACGUGCUAAUGUUGGCGGAGCCAGAGUGUGAGGCGAGCUAUCGUGACAUGAUUCAAGACUACAAGAACGCUUACGUUCAAAGUUGGAACAAGUUGCUGUCUCACUUAUCUCUGGACGAACCUCUGCCCUCCAAGCUGCGGGACAAGGAUCGACAGAUGUUGAAAGAUAAAUUUUCGAGCUUCAACCGCGAGUGGGAGGAGACGACGCGUGCGCAGCGCGGCUACAGCGUGCCGGACGCGGAGUUGCGCGAGGCGCUGAAGCGCGACAACAAGCAGGCCCUCCUGCCGCCCUACAGCGCGCUGCACGAGCGCGCGCUGGCCACGCCCUUCGCCAAGCACCCCGACAAAUCGCCGCACAGUUGGACGGGUACUUCGACGAAGCGGCUUAAAACUAUCAAAGUUCAUUCAUUACAUCACAUAGACCCAUUAACACGUUGACUGCUGCCUAACAUUACCAAAUACGGUACACGAGUGCGGCAGGAUAACACGCUAGGCGUGUUUCAGCACUGGUGAA